AUGAACUCAAGAGAUAACCAGAAUCAGAUAUUUUAGGAUCAGCUUAAACAGUAGAGACUUAGGAAGAUUUUCAAGGACUCACAUCUCUACAAUGCUAAUACAUCUCCUAAUAAAUAGCAAGAAGAGAGCUUUAAAAGCCCUUAAAGGCUUCUUAAGAUUGGGAAUGACACCUCUGAGCAAGAGAGAAUGGGAUAUGUAUACUAUGUGCCAUGCAGAUGGAGUAACAGUGGCUGGAAGUAUGUUAACAGAGACCCCGCAGACCACAACUACUUCAACAACCCUAAUCGACUGAAUUUCACAGGACUCCAAACUCCAAAUAAGCUAUCCCCACUCUAGAAGGAGAGAACCAACUAGUCUUUUGACAUGAGAUCUGGAAUCAAGCAAGCCUAAUUCUAAGAUAAUGAGCAAUAAAUGAACUAAACCUAGUUCAUGAACAAGGAUAAUAACAUGAGCACAACAUAUAGCCGCUUCUUUGUCCCUAAUAAACUAAGCGAACUAAACGAUUGGCAGAAGCAGAGAAACAAGGACUCUCUUAAGAUUGAGAAUCUCAAGAGAGCCAUUGAUGAUAAAUACCUCAAGCAUGACAAACUGGCUUGGGCUGGCACAGUCCAUGAGAGAAAAACUUUUCACAAGUCUAAGGAUUUCAUUGCAGACUGGACAAAUGUAUUGUUCAGAAACUGA